GGUAUUUCCGACACUUUUCGGUCGCGUUGUCCGCGUUUUCACGUCGCAUCGCGCUAGAAAAAAGGGAAAUUCGCACUCGCAACCGCCUGUAGAGAGACCGAAUGUUGUAGAAUGCACAGCAGCAGACAGUGAUUGUUUACCCAGUCUUGUUUUCGCCCACGCCCCGCCGAUCCGUGCCGUGCAAUCUCUCCUUCUCCCCCCUCGGCGGCCCCCCGAAUCGCACGAGGUGAAAAGUGUGACGACGCAGCAGAAAGCAGCCCCACUUUCUGGGAUCUCGAGUCGCCAGUGGUUCUGCCUCCAAUUCCGAUCUCCUAGUGGCCAUUGGCCAGUGACCAGUGACCAGGAUGAGCACCACCACGGACUCGAAGGCGCCGCUGCGCCAGGUGAAGCGCGUACAGUUCGGCAUUUUGUCACCUGAUGAAAUUCGCCGCAUGUCCGUCACCGAGGGUGGCGUCCAGUUCGCGGAAACGAUGGAGGGCGGCCGACCGAAGCUGGGCGGCCUGAUGGAUCCCCGCCAGGGCGUCAUCGACAGGACGUCGCGGUGCCAGACGUGCGCCGGCAACAUGACCGAAUGCCCCGGCCACUUUGGGCACAUCGAUCUGGCCAAGCCGGUGUUCCACAUCGGUUUCAUCACCAAGACAAUCAAGAUUCUGCGCUGCGUUUGCUUCUACUGCUCCAAGAUGCUCGUCUCGCCCCACAAUCCCAAGAUCAAGGAGAUUGUGAUGAAGUCCAAGGGACAGCCGCGCAAGCGAUUGGCUUACGUCUACGAUUUGUGCAAGGGCAAGACGAUUUGCGAGGGCGGUGAGGACAUGGAUCUGACCAAGGAGAACCAGCAGCCGGAUCCGAACAAGAAACCCGGUCACGGCGGCUGCGGUCACUAUCAGCCUUCGAUUCGACGCACUGGACUCGAUCUCACCGCAGAAUGGAAGCAUCCCAAUGAGGAUUCGCAGGAGAAGAAGAUUGUGGUGUCGGCGGAGAGGGUUUGGGAGAUCCUCAAGCACAUCACCGACGAGGAGUGCUUUAUUCUGGGAAUGGACCCCAAAUACGCCCGUCCCGAUUGGAUGAUCGUCACCGUGCUGCCUGUUCCCCCAUUGGCCGUUCGUCCGGCGGUCGUGAUGUUUGGUGCGGCCAAGAAUCAGGACGAUUUGACCCACAAGCUAUCGGACAUCAUCAAGGCGAACAAUGAGCUGCGCAAGAACGAGGCCAGCGGAGCAGCGGCGCAUGUUAUACAGGAGAACAUCAAGAUGCUGCAGUUCCAUGUGGCCACGCUGGUCGACAACGAUAUGCCCGGCAUGCCGAGGGCCAUGCAAAAGUCGGGGAAACCCCUAAAAGCCAUCAAGGCGCGUCUCAAGGGCAAGGAGGGCAGAAUUCGUGGCAAUUUGAUGGGCAAACGUGUCGAUUUCUCCGCCCGCACAGUCAUCACACCCGAUCCCAAUUUGCGCAUCGAUCAGGUGGGCGUUCCACGCUCCAUUGCCCAGAAUCUGACCUUCCCCGAGCUGGUCACCCCCUUCAAUAUCGAUCGCAUGCAGGAGUUGGUUCGCCGAGGCAAUUCCCAAUACCCAGGAGCCAAGUACAUUGUGCGCGACAAUGGAGAGCGCAUCGAUCUGCGCUUCCAUCCCAAAUCCUCGGAUCUACAUCUGCAGUGCGGCUACAAGGUGGAGCGGCAUUUGCGUGACGACGAUCUGGUCAUUUUCAAUCGCCAGCCGACGCUGCACAAGAUGAGUAUGAUGGGGCACAGGGUGAAGGUGCUGCCCUGGUCGACGUUUCGCAUGAACCUCUCCUGUACAUCGCCCUACAAUGCGGAUUUCGACGGUGACGAGAUGAAUCUCCAUGUGCCGCAGUCCAUGGAAACGCGCGCCGAGGUGGAGAAUAUUCACAUCACCCCCAGGCAGAUUAUUACGCCGCAGGCAAACAAACCCGUCAUGGGCAUCGUGCAAGACACCCUGACGGCGGUGCGAAAGAUGACCAAGAGGGAUGUCUUUAUCACAAGGGAGCAGGUGAUGAAUCUACUGAUGUUCCUGCCUACAUGGGAUGGCAAAAUGCCGCAACCGUGCAUUCUAAAACCACGUCCCUUGUGGACCGGCAAGCAGAUCUUCUCGCUGAUCAUCCCCGGCAACGUGAACAUGAUACGCACGCACUCCACGCAUCCCGACGAGGAGGAUGACGGGCCGUACAAGUGGAUCUCGCCCGGCGACACCAAGGUAAUGGUCGAGCACGGUGAACUUAUCAUGGGAAUUCUUUGCAAAAAGACGCUGGGAACCUCGGCGGGAUCGCUGCUGCAUAUUUGCUUCCUUGAAUUGGGACACGAUAUAGCCGGUCGGUUCUACGGCAACAUUCAGACCGUGAUCAACAAUUGGCUGCUGCUCGAGGGGCACAGCAUUGGUAUCGGUGACACCAUUGCCGAUCCGCAGACCUACAACGAGAUCCAGCAGGCCAUCAAGAAGGCCAAGGACGAUGUGAUAAACGUCAUCCAGAAGGCCCACAACAUGGAACUCGAGCCCACGCCUGGUAAUACGCUGCGCCAGACAUUCGAGAACAAGGUGAACCGCAUCCUGAACGAUGCUCGUGACAAAACCGGUGGCUCGGCCAAGAAAUCCCUCACCGAAUACAACAAUCUAAAGGCCAUGGUGGUGUCCGGAUCCAAGGGAUCCAACAUUAAUAUCUCACAGGUCAUUGCCUGUGUGGGCCAGCAGAACGUGGAGGGCAAGCGGAUCCCGUACGGCUUCCGCAAGCGCACUCUUCCCCACUUCAUCAAGGACGAUUAUGGUCCGGAGUCGCGUGGCUUCGUGGAGAACUCGUAUCUGGCCGGCCUAACGCCCUCGGAGUUCUAUUUCCACGCUAUGGGCGGUCGCGAGGGUCUCAUUGAUACCGCUGUAAAGACAGCCGAAACUGGCUACAUUCAGCGACGUCUCAUCAAAGCUAUGGAGUCGGUGAUGGUCAACUAUGACGGCACGGUGCGUAAUUCGGUGGGCCAGCUGAUUCAGCUGCGUUACGGCGAGGAUGGUCUCUGCGGCGAGUUGGUCGAGUUCCAGAACAUGCCAACGGUCAAGCUAUCGAACAAGGCUUUCGAGAAGCGCUUCAAGUUCGACUGGAGCAACGAGCGAUAUAUGCGAAAGGUUUUCACCGACGACGUGAUCAAAGAGAUGACCGACAGCAGCGAUGCCAUCCAGGAAUUGGAGGCCGAAUGGGAUCGCCUAGUCGCCGAUCGCGAUAGUUUGCGACAAAUCUUUCCCAACGGCGAUUCAAAGGUUGUGCUGCCUUGCAAUCUGCAAAGGAUGAUUUGGAAUGUACAGAAGAUCUUUCACAUCAACAAGCGACUGCCCACGGAUCUCUCGCCCAUGCGGGUGAUCAAGGGAGUCAAGGGAUUGCUUGAACGAUGCGUUAUUGUAACUGGCAACGAUCGCAUAUCGAAGCAGGCGAAUGAGAAUGCCACGCUGCUGUUUCAGUGCCUAAUUCGCUCGACUCUUUGCACGAAAUAUGUGUCCGAGGAGUUCCGCUUGUCGGCCGAGGCUUUUGAGUGGCUUAUUGGAGAGAUCGAGACGCGUUUCCAGCAAGCGCAGGCAAAUCCCGGCGAGAUGGUGGGCGCCUUGGCCGCCCAGAGUUUGGGCGAGCCCGCCACUCAGAUGACACUGAAUACCUUCCAUUUUGCCGGUGUGUCGUCGAAGAACGUGACAUUGGGAGUGCCGCGUCUCAAGGAGAUUAUCAAUAUCUCCAAGAAGCCCAAGGCGCCGUCGCUAACCGUUUUCCUAACGGGCGGUGCUGCUCGCGAUGCGGAGAAGGCCAAGAAUGUGCUGUGCCGGCUGGAGCAUACGACGCUGCGCAAGGUGACUGCGAAUACGGCUAUUUACUACGAUCCAGAUCCGCAGAGAACGGUGAUUUCGGAGGAUCAGGAGUUUGUGAACGUGUACUACGAAAUGCCCGACUUUGAUCCCACACGCAUCUCGCCCUGGCUGCUGCGCAUCGAGUUGGAUCGCAAGCGGAUGACGGACAAGAAGCUGACCAUGGAGCAGAUUGCCGAGAAGAUCAACGUGGGCUUUGGCGAGGAUCUCAAUUGCAUAUUCAAUGAUGACAAUGCGGAUAAGCUGGUGCUGCGCAUCAGGAUCAUGAACAACGAGGAGAACAAGUUCCAGGAUGAGGAUGAGGCGGUGGAUAAGAUGGAGGACGACAUGUUCCUGCGCUGCAUCGAGGCCAAUAUGCUUUCGGAUAUGACACUGCAGGGCAUCGAGGCGAUUGGCAAGGUGUACAUGCAUUUGCCGCAAACCGACAGCAAGAAACGCAUCGUGAUAACGGAAACGGGCGAGUUUAAGGCGAUUGGCGAGUGGCUGCUCGAAACGGACGGCACGUCGAUGAUGAAAGUGCUCUCCGAACGCGACGUCGAUCCCAUUCGCACCUCGUCCAACGAUAUCUGCGAGAUCUUCCAGGUGCUGGGCAUCGAGGCGGUGCGCAAGUCGGUCGAGAAGGAGAUGAAUGCGGUGCUGCAGUUCUACGGCCUGUACGUGAACUAUCGCCACUUGGCUCUGUUGUGCGAUGUGAUGACCGCCAAGGGCCAUCUGAUGGCCAUCACGCGUCAUGGUAUCAAUAGGCAGGACACUGGUGCCCUCAUGAGAUGCUCCUUUGAGGAGACGGUGGAUGUGCUGAUGGAUGCCGCCGCCCAUGCCGAAACGGAUCCCAUGAGAGGCGUUUCGGAGAACAUUAUCAUGGGUCAGCUGCCCAAAAUGGGCACCGGCUGCUUCGAUCUGCUGCUGGAUGCCGAGAAGUGCCGCUUCGGCAUCGAGAUACCGAACACACUGGGCAGCAGCAUGCUGGGCGGCGCCGCCAUGUUCAUCGGCGGCGGCUCCACGCCGAGCAUGACGCCACCGAUGACGCCGUGGGUCAACUGCAACACGCCGCGCUACUUCUCGCCACCGGGACAUGUAAGUGCGAUGACACCUGGCGGACCCAGUUUCUCGCCCUCGGCGGCCUCGGAUGCCUCUGGCAUGUCGCCCAGCUGGUCGCCAGCCCAUCCGGGCUCCUCGCCCAGUUCACCGGGCCCCUCGAUGUCGCCCUACUUCCCGGCCUCGCCCAGCGUUUCGCCCUCUUACUCGCCAACGAGUCCGAAUUAUACGGCCUCGUCGCCUGGCGGAGCGUCACCGAAUUACUCGCCCUCGAGUCCCAACUACUCGCCGACAUCGCCGCUUUAUGCGGCUGCAAGUCCGCGUUACGCCUCGACGACGCCCAACUUCAAUCCCCAGUCGACGGGCUAUUCGCCUUCUUCGUCGGGCUACUCGCCCACGUCCCCUGUUUACUCGCCCACACCGCAGUUCCAGUCGAGUCCGUCGUUUGCGGGCAGCGGCAGCAACUUGUACUCGCCGGGCAAUGCGUACUCGCCCAGCUCGUCCAAUUACUCACCCAACUCGCCAUCCUAUUCGCCGACAUCACCGUCCUACUCGCCGUCGAGUCCCUCGUACUCGCCCACGUCGCCUUGCUACUCGCCCACAUCGCCUUCGUACUCGCCAACGAGUCCGAACUACACGCCCGUCACGCCCUCGUACUCGCCGACCAGUCCGAACUACUCGGCGUCGCCGCAUUACUCCCCAGCCUCGCCGGCCUACUCGCAGACGGGGGUAAAGUACUCGCCGACAUCGCCCACGUACUCGCCGCCCUCACCGUCGUACGAUGGCUCGCCGGGAUCACCGCAAUACACGCCGGGAUCGCCGCAGUACUCGCCGGCCUCGCCCAAGUACUCGCCGACCUCGCCACUGUACUCGCCCAGCUCGCCGCAGCACUCGCCGUCGAACCAGUACAGUCCCACUGGAUCGACGUACUCGGCGACGAGUCCGCGGUACUCGCCGAACAUGUCCAUCUACUCGCCGAGCAGCACCAAGUACUCGCCCACCUCACCGACCUACACGCCGACGGCCCGCAACUACUCGCCCACAUCGCCUAUGUACUCGCCGACGGCGCCAUCGCACUACAGUCCAACGAGUCCGGCCUACUCGCCCAGCAGUCCCACGUUCGAGGAGAGCGACGACUGAGGAAGGGAGGACGGGGGCAGCUCCCCCGGCACGUCGCGAUCCCCGGGGCGGUCGAGUCGUAGUUAAGAUCGACCAUGUAGAGGGGAAAAAGGGUGAAUU